AAUCGAGGAAGCAAAGCACAGGACAAUGCCCCAGAUAACCUUUUAGAUCCACGCCUAGCGUUGAAAACACAUUUCGGAUAUGACGACUUCCGCGAAGGGCAGCGUGAGGUAGUUGAGAAACUUCUAUCCGGUAAGAGUCUGCUCGGCGCGUUUCCAACCGCGUUUGGUAAAUCCAUCUGUUAUCAGUUGCCGGGUCUGAUGUUACCGGGGCUUACGGUGAUUAUUUCGCCGUUAAUCUCGUUGAUGAAAGAUCAGGUGGAUACCUUGCGAGAGAAGGGAAUUAACUCCAUAGGCUUACUGAAUAGCAGCUUGACCCUUGAAGAAUAUCAACAGGAAUUGAAACGAUUAGUGGACGGUGAAGUUAAGCUGUUGUAUGUGUCGCCAGAACGGUUUCGGAGCCGUCGAUUCCUAAAUACCUUAAAAUCCCAUAAGAUUUCGCUGUUCGUGGUUGAUGAGGCACACUGCAUCUCUCAGUGGGGACACGAUUUCCGACCGGACUAUCUCGCGCUUCGGACUGCUAUCCAAGGGGUGAAGCCCUAUUCAGUCGCGCUGUUCACAGCGACCGCAACGCCGGAGGUGCGGGAGGACAUCGUAAACCAACUCCAAGUCGAGAAGUGCGAAACCUUAAUCCAGAGCGUGGAGCGUCCCAACCUAAAGUUCAGUGUCUGCGAGGUGCCGGGCGAACCGGAGAAGUAUCAGUUACUUACAAAACAGUUGGAACAGCUCACCGGGAAAGGAAUUGUGUAUGCCGGCACUCGGCGGCAGACUGAGGAGAGUUGCGGAACAUCUCAAGAAAGCAGGGAUACCGGGUGCGAUUUCUAUCAUGGUGCUAGCGAGGAAUCGGAACGGACGCGAGUGCAAGAUGCGUUUUUCGACGAUACAGCAGCGGGGAUCGAAAUCGUGGUUGCGACUAACGCAUUCGGGAUGGGGAUUGAUAAGCCCGAUAUCCGAUAUGUUAUCCAUUGGACAAUCGCGGGUUCGCUUGAACAUUACUAUCAGGAAGCGGGACGCGCGGGGCGGGAUGGUAAGGAUUCAGAGUGUAUCCUGUUCUUCUGUUCAGGCGACCGGCGUCUGCACGAACAUUUUAUGGAGGAGAGUGCACCGAACAAGCCAGACCUCUUAAAGCUGCUAAAACGGAUCGAGGACUCGCCAUCGGUCAACAAGUUCCGGUUGGUCAAAGUGCAGGCGAUGGAAUCCGUAAGCGAAAUUGAUGAGAGCAAAAUUCGGGUGGGGAUUAGUUAUCUCGAAAAACUCGGUUUCCUCCAAAGGAUGUAUAAUAUUCCAUCGAGUAUAUCCGUGAAUCUUAUCAAGGAUUCAAACGGCGAGUCGAGGGUACUGGACAACUUACAAGAUCGGUCAGAAAUCCAACUCAUAGAUUUCUGCCGAGAAUAUAACUUAUAUCCGAAUGAAUUGAUAGAGGAGUUGACCGACCUGCAAAGCGAUGGGCAUCUAAGAUACUCCGGGGCAGAGGAUACGAUGCUAAUUGAGUUGUAUCAUGGGAGCAAACUGUUUGAGAAUAUCACUGAGGAGAAGAUAGGGGAGAAGCAGUAUAUCCAAAACAAGCGAUAUCAACUCGACCAGAUGAUUCUCUAUGCGAGAACGGAUCAGUGCCGCGGUCAGGUGGUACGCCAGUAUUUCGGGGAACGUGUUGAUAGCGAUUAUCGCUGCAACAUCUGUGACAUUUGCGAUCCAAGCCUCCUCAGUGUCUACAAUUCGCUUAUUGAAGAAGUUACCAGUGGUGGACAUCAGAGCGUGGCACCCUAG